CUGCACGUGAUAACCAUUCACCUCACCUCGACAUCACCACUGAGUGUGUCAAUUGGAGAAAAUAACACUCCUUGAAACAAACAAAUCGUUGGGGUCUAGGGAUCUGGAAAGAAUUUAAUUCAAAAAAUGUCUGGCCUCGUGGCAUACGAGAGCAGUGACGAGGAAGAGGAUGUCCGUGAAGAAACCCAACCACAGCUCUCGUCAUCGGCUGAGAAUAAGCCCGUUGCGAAACCACAACAUGGCUCCGCCCCUGUAUCAUCAACCUCCACAAAAGCAACAGAGCCACCAAGAGAAAAGAGCUUGGCACUAGGUUCAGCACUGGCCCCCGCGCCGGGGCCAGCACUCGGGCCCGUAAUGGGCCCAGCCCUAGGCCCCUCCCUACCACCAUCCACAUCUUCGACGACAACCCCCAACACCACCACUGCCAUCACCACACCCCUUGCCCCCCUCCCAGAACCGGACGCGGACCUAGACCCAGACGCGCAACCGCAAGACCCGCCACGGUCACCCACCUCGGCAGCCCGAGCCCUCCUCCGCGACCUCACCCUCCCCGCCGUCCCCGACAUGGACAUCCCGCUGUCGCCCCCGCGGCCCGCCAGCCUGGACGCCCUCAACGCCCGCCUCGAGACCCUCUUGGAGAUGAAGCGGCGGCGCGGCGACCUGGCCCCGGCGCACUUCAACGCGCGGCUCGCGGGCAGCGGCGCGCUGCGCAACCCGGCGCUGAUGGACAAGCUGCUCGGGUUUGCGGGCGUCGGGGCCGCCGCGGGGGAUGGGGAUGGGGAUGGGGAGGGCGUUCUGCUGGCGGCAGGGCAGUACGCCACCACGCUGUCGGCGGGGGUCUGGGAUCCGGCCGCGUUCCCCGCAUGGGCGGCCAGGGCGCCGCUGAGGAGGGCGCAGGAGAGGGCGCAGCGGGAGAGGGAGAGGGGGAGGGGUGAGGCGGUGGAUUUCGUGCCGGCUGGGGGGUCCAGGGGGGGUACGCCGGGUGGGGGCGUGGCGCCUGUGACGGGGAAGAGGAAGACGAGGUUUGAUGCUUGAGGGGGUGAGCCCCGGGUAUCUCCCUGGUGCUACCUGCUGCCGUGAAUGAUUCGGGUUGAUUAUUCGGGGCCACCUUGGAGGCUCUUUUUGGGGUGUCUGAAGAUAAUAGAAAUGGGGAAAGCAUCCAUGGGCGUGAAGGCGUAUGGUACGGUAUGGUUUGCUGCUGAGGCUGGACUGGAAAUCGUCGAUACCCGCACGACUUCUCUGUAAAUCAGGGCACGGGACUUGAAUUCAUCAGAGGAAGAAGUUGGUCCUCAAUAGCACUGGCACUUUUUGGGACACGGUUGAGACCAAAUGGACCAUUCCACCCACGGCCAUGUCAUCUCUAGCGGUUGCGUAACGGGGCUCUUUUGAAGAACGGGCGUUCCUUUCUACCGGAUCUCCUCUACUCGAACAAUCACACUCCUCCUUGGGCUACCGGUGGUAAAACAUUGCAUCCAUCCGGGCGGUUUUGGCCUUCAUUCUGUUACAUUCACU